AUGAACUACAAAAAGGAACUGGAACAUGUUGCUACAUUAGAGACUUUAGAUACUGACAAAGCAUUGGCAAAGUACAAGGAGCUCAUUCUAGCACAACAAUCACCAGAUGAUGUAAAAGAGGAGUCUAUACAUAAGUUGGCACAGUUGUUGGUAAAGAUUGGCCGUGCUAAUCAAUUGUCCGAGUUGCUUAAUACUAUCAAACCAUUCUUUGACAAGAUAUCAAAGCCAAAGACAGACAGGAUUGUAAGAUCCUUCAUCGACUAUGCACUCACAGUGCCCGGCAACCAAAAGAUGCUCAUCGACUAUUGCAAAGAGAACAUCGAGUGGUGCAAGCAGACCAACAGGAGCUACCUAAGACAGCGUUUAGAGACAAGACUUUAUUCAUUGAUGUACGACGUUGAGGAUUAUAAUAAUGCACUGAUUGGAUUGGCUACUCUGUUGACAGAGAUCAAGAGGUUGGAUGAUAAGCCAUUGUUGGUUGAGAUUCAGUUGGUUGAGAGCAGGAUUCAACACGCUCUGAAGAACAUCCCAAAGGCUAGAGCUGCCCUCACCUCUGCGCGUACCAAUGCCAACACCAUCUACUGUCCACCAAAGCUUCAGGCUGAGAUCGACAUGAUGUCCGGUAUCCUACACUCUGAGGAGAAGGAUUACAAGACUGCUUACUCAUACUUUUAUGAAUCCUUUGAGACUUAUGACACUCUGGACGAUCCAACUGCCUUCAAGUCAUUGAAAUACAUGUUGCUGUGCAAGGUCAUGACCAGCCAGACUGAUGACGUCUUUGCCUUGAUCAAUGGAAAGAUUGGUCUAAAGUACGUUGGCAGAGAAAUCGAGGCCAUGAAGGCCGUUGCCAAGUCGCAUGCCAACCGAUCAUUGUUGGAGUUUGAGGGCACCAUCAAUCAAUAUGGCGCAGAGUUGAAGGAUGAUGCCAUCAUUCACAACCACUUGAACGAGUUGUACAACAAGUUGCUGGAGAACAACUUGUGUCGUAUCAUUGAGCCAUUCUCAAGAGUGGAGAUAUCUCACAUUGCAGAGUUGCUCAAGCUGCCCGUUGCCACCGUCGAGAAGAAGCUCAGUCUGAUGAUCCUGGACAAGAAGUAUCACGGUAUCUUGGAUCAGGGCACUGGUACCCUCAUUGUAUUCGACGAAGCUAAGCCAAAUAAACUAUACUCGACUGCUGAUGAGACAAUCACUGCUUUGGAUAAGGUUGUAGGAUCUCUCUAUGAAAGGACCAACAAGUUGGCC